GACAACAGCCGCUUCAGACGCUCUAAUUGGGAACAUGCCCGGGACCGCGGCCCUUAGGCAGGGGUGGUGAACUGUCGUGAGGUGACNCNAGCGGACGAGCGNANGCCGACGAGAUUUGACCUGCUGUGCUCGCGGCCGUCAAGUUGAGGCGCGCUCGGUCGUUCAGACGAGAAGCUGGUCAGCAAGAAGACAACAACCGCCUCUGGAUCUUGCUUUGCCNAUGAACACUGGAGCCCGGAGGUAGCUUUGCAACCUNUCAGCGANGGAUAACNNCAGANGAGGUAUNNGCAGCGAACGAAGAGUAUCNGCCNGCGNCAAGUGCUCUNCCGNAUGNNGCCAGCCUUNGAGGCUUGCUCGCUCGUCGGAUCUAGCUCGUGGCUCGACAGCAACACAGCCGACUUACCGGCAGCACUGACAAAAGCAACACCUUCUUUCCUCAGCGCUUACGUCUGCAAUGCAUCUACAUUGUCUCGCUGCUUGGCGAGUCUUCCCUCUCGUGAGGCAAACCAGAUCAUGCUCCCACGCACUCAUGUCAAAUUACAUUUUGAGCAGUCGUGGAAGACGUGCUGGCCGUCUUUAGACUGGACGCUGUCGACUACUCAUCGCUCAAAGUGCGCCGAAGAGCUAUGCGAAUAUCAAAGAGCAUCUUUCAGUCGGUUGCUGCCACAGUCAAGGUAGCGAGCCUAGAAAAUGCUCGAAUAUCCCCAUGUCUAUCUU